GGCACAACAUGGCGGAUUAGGAGGCGACCGACGCGCCCGGAUACAGCGAAUAAACCGUGGGAUACCGAGUCCCCGAGCUGCGGAGACGCUAGGAAUACACGUUUCGCUGAUAGGAGGAUAUAUGCGCAUACUAUCUCCCACUUUUACGCCUUCCAAAGACAUGCGUUCUGGAUACCAGUAAUCCCCGCGUUCCGUUGCCCACUCCAAAUUGGCUGCCUGUCCGAGACCAUUCCUAUCACCCAGGCCCCCCACCCCGAACGCACUCUCGGUUCCUGGGGUGUGGAGACAGGGGCCGGGGAAGUGGAAAACAAUCGCACUUUUUCUGGAGCAUCAAGCUGCAGGACAGGGGUGACGAGGAGAUCGUUGUGCGAAUGAGUGAGUGAUGCAGGUUUCGUUUCUCCAGGGCAGGAUGGGUGUAGGUCCUCUGCUCCUGCUGAUACAGGUGGCCUGUGUGGCCCUCAGCACAGCGCAGGAUGUCUCUGACCCUUCAGAUUCAGUCAGGACCACCAAACCUACAGACCCUCCUCCCACAACACCCUCAGUCACAGUCACAGAGAAGCCUCCAUCAAACACCUCACUUAUAACACAGCCCCCUGCACCUGUCGUCACAACAAGCUUCAAUGACUCUGUAGCCGUGGUGGAGCCACAAGUUUUCACCGACCUACCUUUGGUUCCCACUCCAACUAAGUCCGUCCCAACUAAACCUCCAUCUUCCCCUUCCACCCCGUCUGGUGGGUCGCCAUCGCUUACCACCAACAGCACCGGGGAUCACGAGACAACUGUUUUAACUACGGUAGAAAGCCUGUCACCCGACCUUCCAUCCACUCCGACUCCUUCAGAGUUCAAAACUGAUAGUCCGUUUGAUCAUACAGAUGUCACCAACCCUGACUCGAACCAUCCUUCAAGUGAAAACCAAGAUGAGACGCCGAUCAUGGCUGUGAUGGUCGCCCUAUCCUCUCUUCUGGUGAUUGUCUUCAUCAUCAUCGUCCUGUACAUGUUAAGGUUUAAGAAGUACAAGCAGGCAGGGAGCCACUCCAACUCUUUCCGGCUGACCAAUGGCAGAGCUGAUGACACAGAACUUCAGAGUGUGCCACUAUUGGCCCGCUCCCCUAGCACCAACAGGAAGUACCCGCCCCUUCAUGUCGAUAAGCUGGAAGAGGAAAUGAACCGUCGAAUGGCCGAUGACAAUAAACUGUUCAGGGAGGAAUUCAACUCGUUGCCUGUAUGUCCAAUUCAGGCUUCAUGUGAUGCUGCCUCGAAAGAGGAAAACAAGGAGAAGAACAGAUACAUCAACAUCCUGCCCUAUGAUCAUUCUAGGUUGCAUUUGACCUCCCUGGAGGGCGUUCCUGACUCAGACUACAUCAACGCUUCUUUCAUAAACGGUUACCAAGAAAAGAACAAAUUCAUUGGCGCACAAGGGCCAAAAGAGGAAACGGUCAAUGACUUUUGGAGGAUGAUCUGGGAACAGAACACUGCCACCAUUGUCAUGGUAACCAAUCUGAAAGAGAGGAAAGAGUGUAAAUGUGCCCAGUACUGGCCGGAUCAGGGAUGCUGGACUUACGGGAAUAUUCGUGUGUCAGUGGAGGACAUGAUGGUUUUGGUCGACUACACCAUCCGGAAGUUCUGCAUUCAGCAGGUGGGGGACUUGUCUGGCAAAAAGCCCCAGAGGCUCGUCACGCAGUUUCACUUCACCAGCUGGCCGGAUUUCGGAGUUCCUUUCACUCCCAUCGGCAUGCUCAAAUUCCUCAAGAAGGUCAAGACAUGCAACCCGCAGUAUGCAGGACCCAUAGUGGUACAUUGCAGCGCUGGGGUGGGCAGAACCGGGACCUUCAUUGUGAUAGACGCCAUGCUGGAUAUGAUGGCGGCGGAGAGGAAGGUUGAUGUCUUUGGGUUUGUCACACGGAUACGAGCUCAGCGCUGCCAGAUGGUUCAAACCGACAUGCAGUAUGUGUUCAUAUUCCAAGCUUUAUUGGAGCACUAUCUGUAUGGGGACACAGAGUUGGAAGUGACGUCUUUGGAGACUCACUUGGGUAAACUCUACGCUCCUUUACCAGGGGCCGGCUGUGGAGGGCUGGAGGCGGAGUUUAAGAAACUCACCUCCAUAAAAAUUCAGAAUGACAAGAUGAGAACUGGGAACCUGCCAGCCAACAUGAAGAAGAAUAGAGUUUUGCAAAUCAUUCCAUAUGAGUUUAACAGAGUGAUUAUUCCUGUGAAGCGAGGGGAGGAGUACACUGACUACGUCAACGCCUCUUUUAUAGAUGGCUACAGGCAAAAGGACUCAUACAUGGCGUGUCAGGGGCCGCUGCAGCACACCAUUGAGGACUUCUGGAGGAUGAUCUGGGAAUGGAGAAGCUGCUCUAUCGUAAUGCUGACCGAGGUGGAGGAGAGAGGACAGGAGAAGUGUGCUCAGUAUUGGCAUAGCGAUGGCGUGAUGGUUUGUGGGGACAUGUCUAUUGAGCUGAAAAGAGAGGAAGAAAGCGAGAGCUACACUGUUAGAGACCUUCUCGUCACCAAUAACAGGGAAAAUAAGUCUCGCGCUGUGAGGCAGUUUCAUUUUCACGGCUGGCCAGAGGUGGGCAUUCCCUCAGACGGGAAGGGCAUGAUCAACAUCAUUGCUGCAGUUCAGAAACAACAGCAGCAGUCUGGAAACCACCCAAUCACUGUGCACUGCAGCGCCGGCGCGGGACGUACGGGGACGUUCUGUGCUCUUAGCACAGUCCUGGAGCGUGUGAAGGCAGAGGGCAUUCUGGAUGUUUUUCAAACGGUGAAGAGCCUGAGACUUCAGAGACCGCAUAUGGUGCAGACACUGGAGCAGUAUGAGUUCUGCUACAAAGUGGUUCAGGAAUAUAUCGAUGCCUUUUCUGACUACGCCAACUUUAAGUAAAGCCACGCCCACCUGAUGAUUAUUGGACCGACUCUCCAGGUCUCGCACUAACCACGCCCACCUGAUGAUUGAACAGACUCUCCCAGUCUUACACGGAGACAUGCACUCACGUUCACAAUCUUACGUAUACAUUGCAGAAAUACACGACUGGGGAAAUGGACAGACUGCCAACUUAAAAAAAGGGAAUUCAAAUCCUUUGACCGGCAAGGACAAAAUCAGUGGUGCAGAAGGUGGAAAAAACAAGACAACACCAUUAGAGAUGCCUUUCUGAAUAUUUUGUAAUAUUGCUCUUGUUCAUAUGGCCCUUACCUAUUUCUCUGUGUAAAUAUGCUCUUCUAAUUUGGUUUGGUUUGGUUUUAGAAGCCAUUUUGCUGCGGUUGUAGAGUGACCUUUCUAAUAUAGCUUACCGUUAUGUAAAAACACAAUUAAGUAUUUUACAAUGCCGCUAUAUGGACGGACGCAAAAGAGCGGUGGCUAGAGGCAAAAAAACGGUGUUAUUUUCCGCGGGGUGUUUUUAUGAGAAAUCGUUUCCUUCGUGCUUUGCAGUUGAGUGGCUGAAAUGUAUUUGAAUGGCAGCUCGAUCUCUCUUUGCUGUUGCCUGUAGCCACGUGAUGUAACGGAAUCGACCGAUCGUAACACGGCAGAAAUGGAUGCGUUUACACGGAUGCAAUGCGUUCCACUUCACUGUGCUUUUUGUUUGAUAACGUUUUAUUAGCUGGUCGUUUUUGAAUGCACCACCUUGCUGUCGACAGGGACUCUUUUGUGACUUUAACCCUCAUACGAUAUUCAGAAUGAGACUUGUCGAGUGUGUCUUGUAAUAUCUGUUACACAAACACCGUGUGUGUCAGAUCCAGCUUGUGAUUGGUUAAAGACGGCUCAAACUAAGACGAGAAAGGGUUUCGAUUAGAAGGGUUUCUCAGUUUGAUCUUUUAGGCUCUUUGUAUAGUUUCUUUUUUAUAUAUAUUAUUUUACCCCAAAAUGAACUUUUUUAGGUCAUUUACUCAUAUGGUUUCAAACCUGUUGGACUUUAAUCUGUAAAACACAAUACAAAAAUUGCACUGGUGGCAAAUUUUUGUAAUGCUCCCCAGGGGUAAAAAAAUAUGUGUAAAUACUAUAAAUGAUUCAAAUGUAGUUCAUACAAUUUUUACACUUUCCCUGCGGUUUAAACCAUAUUUACAUAUAUUAUUUUGCUUUAUAAGAUCUAUUGACUUAAUUGAAAUGAUUAUAAGUUGGACUUUUUAAGAUUUUGUCUUUAAAAAAUCUGCACACUUUAGAAGACUUGAAUGUAUCGUACAAGUUGUAUGGACUACUUUUAUGAUGCUUUUAUGGUACUUUUGUGUCUUUUUAAAAAAAGCUUCAGUCGCCUUUCAUUGUAUUAUUCUCUCAAAUCGAUUCUCAUUCUACUAAACAAACCAAGUCAAACGGCUUUGAAACGACACAGUAGGAGUAAAUACAGACAGUAUUUUCAUUUUUGGUCAAACUAAGGCUCAAUUACGUUUCCUAAAUCCCUUUGAAUGGCACCUUGUGUAUUUGUAACCGAGGAAGUGAUGUUUUUACUCACCCAGACGUCUCCUGGUUGGCCCGAACGAUUGUGGUUGACUAUAAUACUUUUUCUUCCUCUAAGCAGAAUGACCCUCAGUAGUCCCGUUGAGACAGAUUAAAAACACUUGCAAGGUACAGCGUGUACGUUUAUCCAGAAAGCUCUAAAAGAGUGGUCACCUGAUCAUCUGUUCCUGCCCAUAUAGCCGUUGUGCAAAAGUCAAUGAGCCUUUCCAGCCCCACUGAGCCAGUUAAAUCGAUUCGUACAAGAUGCAAGAUCGCAAUGAUGUUUAGUAGUGUUCUGAUGUUCAUCUUAAAGGGGAACUACCUCGAUUUGAUCGCGUCCCACAACCACAACUGAAGACGUCACGUGAACGGACUAAAAGUUGAAUUAUGAUGUCUGUGCAAAGAAUGUUAGUGUCUAGAGAUAGUAUAAAGUGAUCGGAUGUGGCCCUGGUUCUACACUGCCUAAUAUAUGUUUUAUGAAAUGUGUAAGCUCAUAAAUGUGUGUAAACCCAAUGGGUGUCAGUCCAGAUCAAAUCAUCACUCGCUUAUUCCAUAUCUUCCUAAAUUUUCUUUGUAAUUGUUUAAUUUUGAGAUCUAUGAUGUUCUGUGAAGAUCUAACUAUUAUGACACAGAUUUGGAAGUAGUUCCGUGUUACGGGAUUCAUUUUAGGAAAGGAUAUCCCAAGAUGUUCUGCAGAUAUUGCGAAACAAGGGCUUUCUAGAUUCUGUUGUCAACUGAUUUUCAAAGCAACACCGACCCCCUUCUAGAUGAGACACUGUGCCAAUACCAGCCUCUCACGGGCGGGAUCCCUCUCAAGAUGUGCUGUUCAGUUUGCGGAGAAUGUGCCUCUUCAUGUUUGAGUAGCUUCAAGCAUGUUUCCGUUUGCCCAUGUUUUCCGAAUUCUCAACCUGAUUCAUUUAGCACCUGUAGCUGAUCCACAGCUCUGCCCCCUACAGCAUAUGAUAAUCUGUCAGAGGAGCCAAAUGAGUAGUCAGAUGCUUUUUAAUCGUGUUUGGUUUUAUGUUUGUGAUGUCCGAUUAUCAGUUUUCAGUUCUUUUUUUAUGACAUUCCAUGUAAUUUCCUAAGGCCACAAUCACGUUUCUUGAAGGAAGCAACAGUUUUAUGGGCAGUUGGAGAAGUCUCCCUUUUAAAACGAAGCUCUUAAUGUACGGGAGCGAUCAAGUUCUUAUGCUCAAGAGGGGAAGCCGUGUCUGGAGUCUCACGCCGUUCCCAUGAUGUAUGUUACGCUCUGCUCAGUGAGAGAGAUGAAGAUAUCAUCUCCUCGGAUGAGAGGGUGAGAAAGACAGCAAGCAAUUUUCUAUGAUGUUAUGGAAUGGCUGAUUCUCUUUAGUGUUCCUCCUCCUAAAACUUUAGCUUUUUUAUUUGAUCAUUUCCUAUUUUUAAACUCCUAUCGAGUGCAGCUGCACAUUCCAACCUUAAAAUGUUUCCGUUAUUCUUUCCUCUCCAUGCACCCUUCUGUACAUAAUGUAAGGAUAUUUAUAUUUCAUUCCUAUCUGUUGCCUUGCAUUUUUCCCCUUGCUUUUUUACAUACAUGUAUAUUAAACUGUACUGGGACCAUUUUGAAAUGUAUUGGACAUUUUCUUUUUUCCUGUUUUUAAUUCGGUAUUAUUGUCUUAAAAUGUUCAUUUUUAAUUUGCAUCUGUUUUUCUAGUGUUUUGUUAUUCAAAUUUGAAUAUAUAUGUAUAUAUAAUUAUAUAUAUGACGCAAAUUAUAUAUAAUUAUAUAAUGCCAAACAGCCUUCUAAGGAAGAAUACUGUUCAAACCUAAUAAAAGUGCUUGAGAUUUUA